AUGUGUAUUAAUAUAUAUACUGCAAUUAAUAAAUUUACUAAAACUGAUUUACCUUCAGUUAAAUUUUAUGAAAAGCUAGAUAAUGAUUUUAUGAUAUUAGUAGACGUGCCAUACUGUGGUACUUUUUCUAAAGUAAAAUACGGUACAAAUGGACAAAUUAAAGAACUUUGUAAAACAUAUAUAAAUUAUCUAGUAAAACAAGUCCAAAUAUUCAGGAAAUUUGAAUACAAAUACAUGAAUUGUAAUAGUAUAACAUAUUGGCUAUAUGAUAAACUAUCAACAACCCCUAAAAUGGAUGAAAGAAGUUGUUCUAAUGCAUUAUCUGAAAUUAACAAUAUGUGGGAAAGGGCUACUGAGAACGUUAAUAGAUCCGAUGCUAAAAGUUGUAAACCUUAUCUUAAAAUUACUAGUUAUCAUGAUAAUUGGAAUGAUGCUAAAAAGCUCUUUGAUUACUCUAUGGAUUUUAAUUAUCUUAAGGAUAUGGAAAACAAUUGUAAUGAUAAGUGUGAUGAGUUAUGCGAAUACCUCAAUGACAUAAAUGAUAUAUAUGAGAGGUAUGAAGACACUUCGUCUGGCAAUAAUAAACUUUUGUGUCCUCUUUCUAAAGAUGAAUAUGAUAAAUGUAAUCCAAGGUCAUUGUUAGAUAAGUUUAAAUGUGUUACUUCGACUGAGGAAUUACAAUUGCCUAAACAGAAUCUUAGUGUAGAAGGGGAGGCUACUGAAGAAGAGAAGGAUAAUGUACAAGAGGAGACUAUAGUAGAAGGAGGUCCUGGUGGAGAAGAGGCUGGUAGCACUCUAUUAAUUAAAGAGGAUUCUGAGGAGGAUUCAGAAUUAAUAAGUGGAGAAUCGCAUCCUUUAAGUGCAUUUGGUAAUAAAUUCACACCCAUAGGAAGACAAAUUCAAAAUAAGUUUCCAAAUAUGGAUAAUAUGAUAAGGAAGUUAAGUAAAAAAGGAAAUAGAUCACCCACCCAUAGAUUUGAGACUUAUAACCCAUUUGGUGAAUAUUUAGAAGAGAAUUACAUAGGAUAUAACCCUGUGUAA